AUGGCCGCAUACCCGGAUGUUCAGAAACGAGUGCAAAACGAGAUUGACAGUUUUAUUGGUAGAGAAAGGUUACCAUCCUGGGAUGAUCAUUUACACCUUCCUUACACUCAGGCUGUUCUUUAUGAAGCUCAAAGAUGGCAGACAAUAGUACCGCUCAGUCUCUUAAGAUAUACGAGGGAAGACACGACUGUUCAAGGAUACAACAUUCCUAAAGGAACAAUUGUCAUGAACAACAUCUGGGCUGUUCACAACGAUCCCAAAUACUGGAAGAAUCCCAGUGAAUUCUUUCCAGAACAUUUCCUCAGUCAAGACGGUACUACUUUGGUGAAACCGGAAUAUUUCAUUCCAUUUACAAUCG